CAGAAGAUGGCUGACUCAGCUCUGCUCUUUCAAGACAAGAUCUCUGACACAGCACCCUGUAAAAGAACAAAUGUUGAGGAGCUGGUAUGUGCCAGGUAUUAUGCGAGGGACUGGAAAUACAUAGAUAAACAGUAUAGACACAAUCUCUAUUGAACUUCAGCUAAUAUCAACAAUGGAGUUGCAUCGUAAGUUACUAACAAUCAAGAUUUUUUCCCGGACUCUGACCUUCAAAUGGUGGACCUCUCUCAUCCUCAAAUGAUGAUACAAAGGAACAAUAUUGGGGAAAGAUUUCCAUCUGUUCAUAGCAAGCAUAAUUAGGAGAAAGACUUAAAAGCAGUGGAGAUUGGAGGCUGCCCCAGGAUGAAAACUGUCCUAUUUUAAGUGUGAUGUCUUCCCUGAGCAAAGUGAAAUGAACCAGAAGGCAAAUGAGAAUGUAGAAAGAGACACCCAAUUCACUUUAAAGCCCCAGAAACCCAUUCGGCCUUACAUCUGCUCUACUCUGAAUGAUUUUCAAGAAGAGAGGAACUUUUUGGCAACCAACAUCUUCCCUCAGCUUAAUGAACUCUGCCAUUCCCGGGGUACAUACUUCAAAGCUAUGGACCUGAGAUGGUCAGUCUUGAAGGCCCAGAAGUCUUUGCCAGCCAACCUGUUUAGACAGUGUUGCUGUCUCCUGUCGCAGCAGCUGAAGCUCUGUCUCGACUAUGUGAACAGCUGCUUUCCCUUUUUCAUCUGCAUGUUGGGUCAGACCUACGGGGACUUCCUUCCUGACCACUCACCUUUCAUGUUCUCCAAAGCAACAGACCUGUCAAGUUUAUCCAAAGCAGAACAGAAUCUCUAUGUGGCUGCAAAAAAUGGUUAUCCUUGGGUCCUAGAGACUCCCAACUGCAGCCUGACGGAGUUUGAGAUCAUCCAGGCAGCAUUUCGGAAGCAGUCACAAUUUCAGUAUUUUUACUUCAGGACCAGGACUAUGCUGCUGAAGAUUUUAAGUGGCGAAAAGGAGGAGAGUCAGUCCUCAGGUGCUCUGGUGAAUGAAGAGGAAAAAUUGAAGAUUGGAAGGCUAAAGGCCAAGAUCAUUAGUAAAGGGCUUCCCGUCAGAUUUUAUAAAGAUCUCCAUGAGUUGGGUGAACUGGUUUUCAAGGACUGGUCGGCUGUAAUAGAAAAACUUAACCCGGUCACUUUAAUGGUCAAAAAUAUCGACUACAGGCACAGCUCUGAACGUUUCUAUCAUGAGGAGUUUAUUGAGAAGUGCAAGCAAGUGUUUGUGUCUUCCAAGGAGUCAAACAGGACCUUUGAAAUCUUGGAAAGAUUUGCCUUAAAGGAUGUGGAACUUGAUUUAAAAAAUGCUGCACCCGAUUCCCAUUUAGACUCUGUUCUCAGAAUAAAUCCUCUUCCAGCCUCCAAGUCUAUUUUGCUCUUGUCUGGAGAACGUGGCUGCGGGAAGUCCACUCUGCUUGCCAACUUUGUGAAUCAUUUCAGAAACAAGUAUCCGAGCGUGUUGAUCAUCCCUCAUUUUGUGGGAAGCACCUGUGAGAGCAGCGACGUCAUGUCGGUGCUGCAUUACUUCAUCACAGAGCUGCAGCACAGAAAACACAAUACUCAGCUUGAAAUGGAUUUUCUUGAUGAAGAUUCAAACAUCUUGGCCUUUUCACUUCUUGUAGAAGCGUUUAUUGCUUCCAUCAGUUUAAAACCAUGUAUACUUGUGCUAGAUGGAAUUGAAGAAUUGAUUGGUAUUUAUGGGAUUUCAGGUCAGAAGGCAAAAGAUUUUUCCUGGCUGCCACAUUCACUCCCUCCUCAUUGCAAAUUCAUCCUGAGCACUGUCUCCUCCAGCCUGUCCUGCAAGUCCCUGUGUACCCGGCCAGACGUGAUGACUAUGGAACUCACCAGCAUCGGAGACGAAGACACAAGACUCAGCAUCUUCAGACAGCACCUGCCCACCCCCAGCCGAGACCCCUUCCAACAGGGCAGACAUGCUUUGAGGAAAAAAACAAGCCUGAGUCCUUUGAAACUCACCGUCCUGGCCAGCGAACUGAGAGAAUGCAGAAUCUACCGCAACGAGCUUCAGUGUCUGAGGGAGUUCUUGGAGGUGGCCUCUCUUCAGGAGUUCUGGGAGUUGAUUCUGAAACGCUGGACCGAAGACUAUAGUUGGACUUUUAAAAGAAAAAAGGCAAAUUCAGACACUGUGACUUCAGGAGAAGGGCUGGAUGGCUGGGUGACCGAUGCUCUGUGCUUACUGUGCGUCUCGCAUUGUGGGUUGACUGAGGAUGAGCUACUCCAGCUUUUGGACAUACUGGGCUACAGGAAUCAUUACAAAGUGACCACAGUGCACUGGGCUGCUUUCCGCAAUGCCACCAAACAGUGGGUCCAGGAGAAGCCGAAUGGUGUCCUCUACUUCCGGCACCAGUCCCUGCGAAGUACUGUGGAGCACAAGCUGCUUGGUAUAAUCACGCCUGUCAGGGAGGGCAACCCAAAUGCUUGUCAGAGCCCAGUGAAUCUCAAGAAAACACAUUUCCACCACGUCUUGAUCAGUUACUUCCAGCAACAAAACACUUUCUGGAGAGUGUUUCAAGAAUUGCCGUGGCAUAUGAAAAUGAGCGGAUGCUGGGGGGCAUUGUGCAACUUUCUCACAAGCCCAAGUAUUACAGAUUUUAUAUCAAAAAUCCAAAGCCCAAGCUUCUGGACAAGGCUGCACCUCAUUCACUACUGGAAUGUUUUAUCGGAUGUUGGAUACAAUAUUUCCAGGGCCUAUUUACUCUCAGUGACCAAGAUUAAAGCAGAUCAGUGCCAUAAACUGAAGAGGAGACAUACCCUCUCAGUGCUGGAAUGCAAGCUUUCUAAAGUUACUGCCACUGACAAAUGCCGAUUGAUAUUUUGUAUUGGGAGUUUUUUGAAGCUUAUGGGCAAGAUCAAAGAAGCAAAGGAGCUAUUCUUGAGUAUUGAGGACAUGUUGAUGCAGAACCAGUCCACAAGAGAAAUGCUUCUCAAAACUCAGAAUGCCACUGGAGAACUGUGUCUUGAAAUCGGGAAUACCCAGGAAGGGUUCAAAUAUUUCCAGAAGGCGUGGUCAAACCUGCUGUGUUUUCCCUUCAGUGACUUAAAAGACAGCCAGAACUUGAUGAAGCAGAAAGUCAGAGUGCUGAACAACCUGGCAAAGUCAGCAUCUGAGGAGUACCUAAAAGAAAAUCACUUUUUGGAAUAUGCUACUGAGGUUUCCAAGUUGGUGAACAACGAUCCCCAUGACCAAGCUACCAUGAAAUACACUGAAGGUGUUCUCAUGUUGGCUGAUGGAAACACUUCUCUUGCAAUAAUGAAAUUUCAAGAGGGCUUAAAUAUCAGGAGAAGUUUGUUUGGAGAGAAAAACAUGCUAGUUGGAGAAAUUAUGGAAUUUUUAGCAGAUUUACUGUUUUUUUUACUAACAGAUAAUGAAAAAUCCGAAAGGAAGCAAGUAAUUGAAUAUUAUAAACAAGUGAUAAAAAUAAAGGAAAAUGCAGACACUCUGACCAGCUCCUCACUCGUCAGAAAGCAGCUGAGCAUCAGCCUCAGUGAUACCUUGUGUAAAUUAGCAGGUCAAUUAUUGAUAAGUGACUCUUGUCAUCAUGCCAUGAUUGAGGCAGUAAGCUAUUUGUACAGGUCACUUGAUUUAAGAACAACCUACCUUGGAUCUUCUCAUUCAUCUAUCCAUGGAAUCCUGCACCUUCUGAAGGAAAUUGAGCAGAUGCGGAGCAGGAGAUGUUGGCCUCAAGGCAUGAUCCAGCAACAUCCUGAGCGAUCUAAGAAUGGUUCCCCAUUAUGGGAACACUUGCUUAAAUUAGACUACCACAGUGCUCAGAGUUCUAACACAGUGAGCUCUGCAAUGCGCAUGAAUGCCGAUAAGUUACAGAGGACUAAGAGCUUGGAGUUAGUACCACAUCAGAUUUCAGUUAAAUCAAAGUAUGCUUUAAGGAAAAAGAUCUCUGGCCACAUUAUUUGCAUUUCUGCUGAGAAAAAGACCCAGGAGAAGGCACAGAAUAAUGUUGAAAUAUGGAAUGCCCCAAGAAAGGAAGCAUCAGAGAAAAAGAAAGAUCAUUCCUUUAAGGUUUUAUCUAUGGGUCAAAAGAGUGGCUUAGUAAAACUUUCAAAGCAAAGGAUUUUGUCGGAUCAAAGCGCGAGUGGUGAAGGCCAAUUCACUACAAUUUACCAUCAUCCCCUACUGGGGCCUUUUAACACAAAUGAAUCCUGGCAUUCCAUAUCUGAGCUCAUAUCAGAAAAGUGGCUUUUUCAUAGUCCAGAUUAUAGCUGGACUCCUCCUAAGAGUAUUUUGAAGAGAAGAUCUCAAAUAGAAACAAAAUUGUUGAAGACCUCAAUUAAUAAGGAAUAAAAAACAUCAUGGGC